AUGGAUAAACUCCCGGACCUCCUAACUAAAAUGAUGGAGACGAUGAAAAUUCAAGGAGAAUCCAUCAAGAAUCUUGCUGCGACGAUGGAAUCCAGCAUGAAACUUCCGUCGAUCGACCGAACUUCAGCUCUCACCCACACGAUGUCACUCCUGGGACAGUUCACAUACAACCCAGAUCAAGACUACACGUUCACGGAAUGGUUCGGCCAAAACGAGGCCAUCCUGGACGACAACUGCAAGGAUGAUGCUGAAAGGAAGAAAAUAAUCCUGAAAGCACUGGGGAAGGAUGAAUACGUUCAACUAAAAGGAAGAACUUCGCCGAAGACGCCCGAAGCAAUGGACUAUCAGGAAUUACUGAAGAUAUUGAAAGAAAUUUUUGGUUCGACGAUGUCCCUCUUCCGGCGCAGACACGAAACCCUGUCCCUCACCCUCCCACCUGGAAAAACAGCAGAUGAGAUGCUGAACGAGGCAAAUAUCAGAGGUGACAAGUUUGAAUUCACUGACUUGAAUAUCAAUCAAUUCAAGAUCUUCCUCGCCCUUCAAUUCAUAAAGGACCCCUCUUACAAGAGCAUCCGAUCCAUGAUUCUAAAAGCCGUUGACCAGAAGCCGGACAUUACCAUCGAUGAACUGCGAAAAGUCCUCAAAAGCUUCGAAACACGAAUGGAAGACGUGAACCUGGGAAACUCACAUGAUCCUAGCACCUCAUACGAAGUCAACGAGCUACAAAAGUACCACCGUCGGCCGAAAUACACUCCCCGCGGAAAGACGGUUCACAGGAACAAAAACCAGACAGCAAAGUCUGCGGGAGACUACACAUGUUACAAAUGCAACGGACCCCAUCUGGCAACUUCGUGUCAGAAGACGAACCUAGGUUGUGCCUUCUGUAAGAAACAAGGACACAACGAAGCUGCAUGCCUCAAGAAGAAGGCCAGACAAUUCAACAACAUUGUGAUCAAUAAUGUUGGCUCUGGAGACAGUCGAGAAUACGUUACAGUGGGAAUAAACGCAAAAGUGAUGGAAUUCAGAAUCGACAGUGGCGCCGAUAUGUCAAUAAUUGGCCCCGAAAAGUGGAAGGCACUAAACAGACCUCCACUUACACCAUUCCACAUAACUUGCUCAUCCGUCGAUGGUUCUCCCCUCACUGUAAAAGGAAGUUUCAAGGCAAACCUGAAGUAUAAUGGUCAUUCAUAUACAGAUACCAUCCUAGUCCUUGCAAAGAAAGACACCGCACUACUCUGCGGAAAAGCCUCAAAGGAACUUGGAGUAAUUACAUUCCACAACAAAGAAGAGGCAAAUAUCAACAUCGUCGACUCCUACGCCCAGACGAUGGCGGUCCAGUACACGGACUUAUUCAAGGAAGAAUUGGGGAAAUGCACGAAAAUGCAAGUACAUCUCCAAGUCAAACCCAAUGUCAACCCCGUCCACAAACGCGCAAGACCUGUGGCUAUUGCCGUUCAAGACCAAGUAAAUACAGAACUUGAUCGACUGCUGGACAAUGGAACUCUGAAGAAAGUAGAUACAUCAGAAUGGGCAUCUCCAAUCGUGGUCGCAAAAAACCUGGAGGCAAAAUCCGCCUAUGUGCCGACUAUUCCACCGGCCUCAACGACGCCCUGGCAGACAUUGAACACCCCUCCCAAAUAUGGAGGAGAUUUUGUCCAAAUUCACGGGCAAUACGGUCUUCACUCAAUUAGAUCUGUCUGA